AUGGAUAAGUACAUAACCCUAAAUAGAAUUGGGGAAGGAGCUCAUGGCAUCGUUUAUAAGGCAUCUCACGUUCAGAGUAAUGAAAUUGUCGCACUCAAACGAGUUCAUUUAAAAUCGAUUGAUGAAGGUAUACCACACAACAUCAUUCGUGAAAUUAAAGCGUUACAAGAAAUUGAAGAUCAUGAAAAUGAUUUGAAGCCAGCUAAUCUAUUAAUAUCUGGAAAAGGAAAUUUAAAAAUCGCUGAUUUUGGCUUAGCAAGAAUAUUCGAUAAAGUUCAACCACAUCGACAAUACAGUCAUCAAGUUGCCACAAGGUGGUAUCGUGCUCCUGAGUUGCUCUAUGGUUCUCGAAGUUAUGACGAAGGUGUGGACCUCUGGGCUAUUGGUUGUAUAUUUGGUGAACUUAUAAACAGAAGUCCACUAUUUCCCGGUGAAAGUGAUAUUCAUCAAUUAUGUUGUGUAUGCAAACUGUUAGGUACACCGACUGAAUCUCAGUGGCCAGAAAUGAAAGAUCUACCCGAUUAUGGUAAGAUUAGUUUUGAUGACGUUGAAGGAAUGAAAUUUGAGGACAUUGUCCCGGAGGCUUGUAAAGAUGCAAUUGAUUUAUUGAAAAGAUUUCUUGUUUAUCCGUCAAAACAAAGAAUACCGGCACAUCAAGCUUUGCUUCAUGAUUAUUUCUAUUCUACUCCACUUCCAUGUCACCACACCGAUCUUCCCAUCCCUAUGCGUAGUAAAAAACGGCAUAUUUACGAAUUUGAUAUCAAACGAAAUAUUCUCGAAUCGAUUGUUGAUCAUGAAAUGAUUUUACCAAUGAAUAGGCAUAAAUGA